AUGUCCAACAACAACGACCACCACGCUGAAUCCAACACGAAGCACAACGAUGUCGUGCCCCAGACCGAAAAAUCCGAAAAUGACAUGAACGUUUCGAUUCCUGGUGAUGUGGAUCCUGCCAUAGCACAAGCACCUGAGUUCGCGAUGCUUGGGAGAUUGAUGCAGAUGAUGUCUCAUCCUACUCCCAAUACCACCAGUGCACCGUCCAAUGAUACCCCUGCAGCAAAUGCUCGCUCUCAACCACCAGAAACUACCCCGGAGACUGCACUGUCUGAACUUGUGAAAAUCUUCGACGACUUGAUGCACGUUCAAAGUAAGAUACCUCAACUCGCCAAUCAGGAGAUCCCAACAGCUACCAUUGCAAGUGAUUUCCGGAAGGUGGAACGUCCAACGGCGGAGGGCCCACUUUACAACUCUUUGGAAUACACAAAAGAGGGUGUACGGGAUCUGCUUGGUAUGGUUAAAGAUGCCUUUUCGAUGAUAGACAAAAUGGCCGGCCAUGAUUCUACUACAUUUACUUCUUCUCCGGAGUCGUCGAAGGCGGGUAGGCUCGGGACCUCUGCACUUACCUCUAUUUUGGACGCAUCGGCGAAGUCCAGGCUAGCAUCAUCAGAUACGGAAAGCACCACCAAAUCUGAGCAGCCACCCAUUCACAAUGACCUUGCUGCAAUGAACCUGACUGCCGUCACCCGACUCUAUCAGACAAACGAGCUGGUGAUACGUACCAAUAUCAAAAAACUGUAUGAUCAUCUUGUCACCGUUCCUGAGGACGACGACAGCUAUCCUUUCAUCCAGUCAACAAUCGGCAUUAACAUGCUCCACUUAUACGAAGUGACAUGGGAUAGCGAUGCCCUUGAAGCAGGCUGCGACGGAACUAGCCGCGCUCUACAAAGGCUAUCUCAGCUCCCAGAUGUUCCAAGAGUAAGGUCAGCUCCAACAAUUGUACGCGGCUGGGCGUAUGGCCAACGUUUGCUCGUCCAGAAGUUUGGAGAUGUUGACAAGUUGGAUGCCGCUUUGGCGGUUUUGAGGCAAACUUGGGGGAUCUGCAAGGAUUUGCCUGGAAUUCCGUCUCGAGUCAUGGAAUUUCUCCGCACUGAGAUGGGUAUGUGUCUUGCUGAUCACUAUCGGUGCACAGGGAACCUGGAUAGCUUAAACGAUGCCAUCGACCAUUUAUUUGCGCUUACCGAAGACGAACCAACCUCCAGUCCAGCCACUGCCGUCCUUGGCUUAGCCUAUUAUGAUCGUUUUGUGCACCAGGGAGAGCUGGAAGAUUUGCAUCGUGCCCUGCGCCGUGGUCAGAUGUGUUCCCAAUCGCUGGCGGCUAUAGAUGCAGGAAGCCAAGCUUACGAUGCUGAUACAGCUGCAGGCCAUCGACUUUACGCUCUGGCGCUAUCCGAACGCUUCAAAAUGACAAUGGACAUCGAUGACUUGAACAAGGCUGUUAAACAUGGGAUUAAGGCACUAGGGCUUCUUCACCCUUCCCAUCCGCUUCGCGUUCCGUAUACAAUCGACCUCGCCACAAUCCUUUAUUCUCGUCAUCUGGCAGUUGAAAAUGGUACUGUGGAUCUGCGUACGGCAUUAGAAAGUGUACAGACUGCCAUUACGGCUGCAGAUAACGAUAUCGGGCGACACUCUCGCAUUCCCGCUGAAUCGACUAUCGGAUUUCUCACUGCCGUCUCAGCGGAGAAACAAAUGGAUUUGUCCGGAGUCGAUGCAGGGAUUUCCAUUAUACAAAAGUCCAGGAAGAACUUUUCCGGUCCUCUGCAUUUAGAAUCUCGAGUCGAGAACUACCUCUCCAAAGCACUAUUAUGCCGUUUCCGCCUUGGUAAAAAUGUUGAGGAUUUCGAAAAAGCGCUUCAUCAUGCACAGCUGGCAUUUGACAAGGCAUCAGAGGGCUCCCCGUAUCGUUUCCAAUGUGGGCUGGAACUAGGCCAGCUGUUGGUUCAGCACUAUCAAUCCGGACGGUCCGAAACAUGCGAUGACGCCAUUGCGCAUUUCGUAUCGGUAGCUUUAUCCUCGACGUGGCCCUCUUUGCGAUUAAAUGCGGCGAUUGAAUGGGCUAACACGGCGGAACUUUCUGAUGCCUCGGAGGGAGCUGAAGACGCCUUGCUUCUCGCUCUUGAGAUCUUACCAACGCUGGCUUCACUGUCCAACCGCAUUCCGGAGCAUUAUCGACUCUUGUCAUCUCAAAAGGCUUCCAUCCCAAAUAGAGCCGCCAUCUAUGCGCUGAGUCGCAAUAAUGUGAUCGAUGCAGUUUCACGCCUUGAACAAGGGCGCAACAUUAUGUGGACACAGUCGCUACAACUCAAGGUGGGACACAUGCUUCCAGGCGGGGACGAACGCCAACGCGAAUUCAAAUUGCUUUCAGAGCAUCUUCUACAAACAGGCCACGGAUCUAUAAUGCCAAGGACUGUGGAGGAGAUGCAAGAUUUCAUGAAGCACGUUCCUCCCAAUCCAGUCGCUUCUCUCCUCAACGACUCUGUUCAAGGUACCUUCAAUAAGGUUAUAAACAGCUUAGUUGAGCUGGGGGGACACGACCAGGUCAGAAAGGAUCUAGGAGCGUUGGGCGAGUUCAAAACGGAAUAUAUGGAGGCGUAUAUGGAUGCAUCGCGUCAUAGCUCAGCAAAUAGAUGGUCUACGCUGCACUCUGAGCUGCAAGGGACUGGACAUGUACUCGGCCUUUCUGAGUCGUACGAGGAUGAUCUAAAGCCUAUCGUCGCGAACGGAUGUAUAGUCAUUCUUAGUCCCUACUCUCUUCGAUGCGAUGCGAUUGUUAUCCAUUCAAAUGGAGAAGACCUUGUUUUCCAUCAUUUACCAUUACCUGAACUAUCUGGAGACGAGAUCCAGGCCUGGGCAGAGACGCUACGAUCUGGCACACACGAAUUCCAACGUGGUAAACUGUCGUCGGAAGACUUUGAAAACGAAUAUCUCAAGCCCAUUCUACGAGGAUUAUGGACAGGGAUGGCACUUCCACUUCUGGAUUACCUCAAGCGCACCGGAGAGCGGAAACGUGUGUGGUGGUAUCCAACCGGCGCCUCGAUGUUUUUGCCACUUCACGCUGCUUCUCCAUGUGAGAAAGGUCAGCUCGGAUUGCUCGACCUUGUAGUCUCCUCGUAUAUCCCAUCAAUCCAGUCGCUCAUCCGUGCUGCAAAAUCGCCUUCUUCUCCCGUGAAAGCUCUAGCUGUUGGUCUGCCAAACACCCCCGGUUACACACCACUCAAGUUUGUUGAGAAGGAGAUUAAAGCUCUGAAGAAACGCUUUUAUUACGUCCCCGAUCAAUUGACAACUCUAAUUGGGGAGGAAGCAGAUAUAUAUCCAGUCAUUAGCAAACUCCCAGAUCAUUCCUGCAUCCAUCUAUCGUGCCACGCGUAUCAAGACGAAGAAUACCCAUUCAACAGCUCAUUCUUUCUCAACAAUGGCAAAUUAAAACUAUCCAAACUGAUGGCGUUGGAUCUCUCUCGCGUACAGUUUGCCUUCUUGUCUGCGUGCCUUACCUCUGCUGGAGAUGCGAGUGUUCCUGACGAAUGCAUCCACCUUGCUGCUGGGAUGCAAUUCUCCGGAGUUCAAUCUGUGAUUGGUACGAUGUGGAGCGUAAUGGACGGAGCGGCAGCCGCUGCUUCAACCAAAGUCUAUUCGCACUUCUUUAGGAAUGGGGUGGAAAAUGCAAACAUGAGAGAAGGAGCAGAAGCGCUACAUGAGGCCGUUAUUGACAUGCAAAAGAGGAAUUAUCCUUUGAUGUAUAUUGUUCCUUUCAUUCACUUAGGCCUUUGA